CAUUGUUUUCUGCCUGUCAUGGCGGACGUUAGUCGUUUUCGGGCCGCUGCGUGAGACGUGACGCGUCGUUCUCUCUUUCACUACGAAAGUUGCCAUCAGAAGGCUUUACACCGCCAACAUUUGUGACCUGCUACCGGUUCGAAAGUGCACAAAUGGCCAACGUAGAAGGAGGAGACCCGUGAGCUGGGUGAACACAGUGCGUUGCAGCGGUGCCCGCGUUUUCUUUAGGAGUGGUGUGGAGACGCCGUAAACGCAUCGCCGCUUCCGCGUUUUUUCAUAAUCACUUGUGGCACUGUUGUUUGUUGUGACGUAGAAGUGCGCUCAUGAAGGGCAAAGGCAAAGGUUCCGAGGAGUGUCCGUUGCAGUUUCCAGACGUGAGUCCGGUGGACCACGUUCAGGAAUGCCCCCGGUACACGGCAAUCGCGCAAGGAGACGCUACGCUCUCUCUCGAGGACUUGGAGCCGUUGCAGCUCGAGCUCGAGACGCUUCUGGUGUCGGUGUGCGAGAGGCGCCGGCGGUUGGCGCACGAGACGCAGCUGCUACUUUCGUGGCAAGAGAAAAAGAUUCCCGUCACCGGUAGUGGCACACCGUCGGCACCGGGAAAACGUAGUCGAGUAUCGCCUGAUGGCAAGCCGUCGAAGAAGUUCAGGGACGGUGGAAAGGUUUUCACGGGUGGGCGGCCACCACGCAAGCAGGUAGCAUCAAGCUCAUCUACAUUGGCCACUGGUGUCACCACUGAAGAAGGGCCGUCAGUUGCACGUAAUGAUGCGCCAAACCGUUUUUGGGCUUCUCUGGAACCUUACUGCGGUCAAGUGACAGCUGAGGACGUACGUGCCUUGGAAGAGCUGAUGCGUGCCCGUGAGGAAGAAGCCUCGGAGUACCUGAAGGUGCCAGCCCUUGGCCGUCACUAUGCCCAGCGGUGGGCGCAGGAGGACCUUCAGGAGGAACAAACGCAGGGGGCACGAGCCACAGGUGGUGGAGCCCAGGGAGCAAGGUCGCCACAGCAGACGAAGGGCAGCCUCAACUGCGACACGCCAUCAUCGGGCGGCAACAACAGCAAGGGAGGCAGUGGUGGGGAGCCCCUGGGAAGCCUGACACAACGGCUUGUCUCUUGCCUGCUGGAGGAGAACCUCUUGUGCCCUCCCCUGGAGGAAAACCAGCUGGGUCCCCCACUUGGUCCGAACCCUGGCCUCGCUCAGCAGCUGGAGCGACGUGUGCGACGAGAGCUUCGCGAGCAUGGCCUCCUGACCGAGACUGACAACCCAGAUGACCAGGUCAUGACAGAACUACGGAGAUGCCAAACAGAGCUCCGGAGUAUCAGCAAUCGAAAUGGAGCUCAGCUUAAUGCACUUCUGAGGCGUGCCCGUGAGAGCCUGGCACAGCAAGAAUUCAACCGGCGCUUACGGGUGGCGGACCAUGAGCUUCUUGAAGCCUGGCGACGGUUGGCUCAGGCACGACAGCGCAAGAAGACCCCGUCCAAGAAGGACCGCGACAUGGCUUCAAAGGCGCUACGUGAUCGCCAAGCCCUUCUCAAGCAGCGACCUUCAUCGGUGCCGCGAUAAAUUCCCAUAAGGAAAGCGUCAGUGGCCUGUUGUUUAAUUUGAACUGAUGAAUUGGACUGCCUUUAUAAAACAUUGCACUGCAAGAAUGCCUGCUCAAAAAAGACCGCAGCUUAGCCAGCAAUGAUCCGUGCUACCGUCUUUUAGCAGGAGCCAUUGUAAGUGCAACAGUAAAGUACCAGAAAGCC